GACUACCUCACUCCCGCCCUCUUCACCCUCCACCAACCCUCAUCCUACUGCAAGCUCUAGCCAAGCCCUUUCAUCUUUGUUGGCAGCAUGGUACGAGUGGGGAUCAAUGGCUUCGGCAGGAUCGGCAGGCUGACGAUGAGAGCCGCCUGGGACAUGAAGGAGAUUGAGAUUGUUCAUGUCAACGAGAUCAAAGGAGGCGCCAAGACCUCUGCUUACAUGCUCCAGUUCGACUCCGUGCAUGGCCGAUGGAACCAUGAAUGCCGAGAAGCGGCUGAUGGCAAAUCCUUCACUGUUGACGACAAAGUGAUCACCUUCUCUGAAUCGCCCACCAUCGAGGGAGUGCCAUGGAAGGAACUUGGAGUUGAGCUCGUCUUGGAGUGCACAGGCCAUUUCCUCAGCACUAAGGUCCUCCAGCCUUACCAGGACUGCGGGGUGAAGCGAGUGGUGGUCAGUGCUCCUAUCAAGGAAGCAUCUGUCCUCAACGUUGUGAUGGGAGUCAACGACGACAAGUUGACCAAGGAUCACUUCAUCUGCACUGCUGCCUCCUGUACAACGAACUGCCUUGCUCCUGUUGUCAAGGUCAUCCAUGAGAAGAUCGGGAUCGAGAAAGGAAUGAUUACUACCAUCCACAACGUCACUGGAACACAAACUCUGGUGGACAUGUGUGACACGGGCAAGAAGCAGGACCUCAGGAGAGGACGAUCAGGCAUGGUCAACCUCUCGCCCACAUCCACCGGCUCUGCAACAGCCAUCGCUGAGGUGUUCCCUGAGCUCAAGGGAAAGCUGAACGGACUUGCUGUCAGAGUUCCCUUGUGCAAUGGCUCCAUCACAGACUGUGUCUUUGAUGUCGUCCGAGAUACGACAGCAGAGGAGGUCAACCGCCUUCUCAAGGAGGCCUCCGAGACCGCACCGCUCAAGGGCAUUCUUGGGUUCGAGGAGCGUCCGCUGGUCUCUACAGACUUUAUCAAUGAUGAUCGGUCUUCCAUCGUCGACGCUGCCUCCACCAUGGUCGUUCAAGGGAAGAUGGUCAAGAUCUACGCAUGGUACGACAACGAGUGGGGCUACUCCAUGAGGAUGGCAGAUCUCGCGCUGAAGGUUGCGAAAGACUACCUCGGAGCCUGA